AUGUUUGCAUCAAGAGAACAUCAUAAAAUCAUCACUAUGUAUAGUAAUUCUGGAUAGUCCAAAAUGGAAAUGGAGUCUCUACUAUUUGUUGAUCUUCAUAUAUUUUUGGAGGCCGUCCUAAUUUUGGAGGAAAUACAUAGAUAACAAAGAAUUUAUUUUUGCUCCCUCAUAAUACCCUAUCAUUAAAUUUCAAAUUCUGGCAGUAAAAUUAUAAUUGAUCUUAGUAUUGAUAAUUGAGGAGGUGAUAGGUUGGAAGCAUUUUUUGAUAAUCUCUUAGUUUUCACUGGUAAUUACAAUUCAGAAUGCACUUAAUCUAGUAUUUGUGGAACUUCUGGUUAUUGUUGGGGUGAUGGUGUAAAUUCAGUAAAUAUUAAUUAAUAGGGUGUUUUAACUAAAAAUUAUUUUGACAUUUACAUCUUGCUUCGGUAAAUUUAAAAUUUACAAUAGAGUAAUAAAAAGAUAAUGCUAUCAGGAGAUUACAUUAUGUAAGAAAGUUAUUUCGAUAAUCAUGAUAUCAUCUGUGUAUCCCUUAAAUAAACAAGCACGUAAUCAAACCCCUAAAUUAUUUAAUGUUAUAUAAAUGACAAGUAUUAUGGUACUUAAAAGUGGAUUAAAAAUAAAUAGGUAAAGACUAAAUUAAGUUCAAAAUCUUCUAAUUCAGUAUUUUCAGAGGCAAUAUGUAAUACAUUGGAAUUUAAGAGAGAUAAAUAUUUUGUAAUAUAAGGAUUUAUUACCAAUUAAGAUAACAGUAUAGGCUUAUUUGAUUGAAUGAUAUUUUGAUUAAAAAUUUGAUUUGAAUGACUUUUCUCUUGUGAUAAUUCUAUAAAACUAUGAAGAUUGUUUAGAUUAAAAUAAAGAUCCUUUUGAUGGAUGUUUUUCAGGAAGAUAUGAUUGUGUUCAAGGUUUUAGUAAUUGUAUUAGAGGUAUUUGUAUUGAGUGUUAGAAAGGAUGGUUAUUUGAUAUUUAAUUAUAAAUUUGCGAACCUAUUUGUGGGGAUUAAAUGAUUAUAAAUAUUGAAUAAUGUGAUGAUGGGAAUUAUCUAGAAUAUGAUGGUUGUUUUAAUUGCAAAUUUUCUUGCCCAUUAUUUUGUAAGUAAUGUGAAUUUGGUAAAUGUUUGGAAUGCCAAUCAAAUUACAAUUUAAUUGAUCUCAAAUGUGAAAAGAUAAAUGGAAAUUUAGAUUAAAAAUCAUAAGAUAAUUUCUUAAGUUAAAUUUAUAAUUUUUUUAGAUUAUGGUCAUUAUUAUCAUAAAUUAUUAAAAGAUUAAUUUGCUAAUCCUUUACCAAUUCAUAAUUAAAAUUGAAGUUUUUAAACACAUGAUAUAUUUGGAUAUCAAUGUGGAAUAAAACUUAUAGCAAAUUGUUUACAUAGUCUAAAUGAUAGAUGUUUUGAAUGUGAAUCUUUUUAUCAACUAUCUUGGAAUAAAAAAGAAUGUAUUCCUAAAUGUAAUAACGGUAUUGUAAUUUUAUAUGAAUUUUGUGAUGACUAAAACAAUAUAUAAUUUGAUGGUUGUUAUAAAUGCUAAUCAAGUUGCUAAUUAGAAUGUUAAUAAUUUAUAGAAUAAUAAUGCUAUAUUUGUAUUGAUGGCUGGUAAAUGAUAGACAAUAGAUGCUAUCAAAUAUGUGGAGAUGGAUAAUUGGCUAUUUCUUCUUAAGAAUAAUGCAAUGAUGGAAAUUAUAAUCCAUAUGACUGA